GUACAGCUAUAACCAGACGGCUAGCAUCAUCUAGGAGUUAUUAAAAUAUACAAAUGCACAUUAAGUUUAACAUGUAAUCAAAGAAACUAGUUAUAUUGCAAGCAUCUGCUGGAAGCCGUAAUAGUUCAGAUUCUGAAAUGUUGCACUCAAAUUUCCCUUUUUAACCAUAUGGGAAACUGUAAUUCAAUAUGUUGCUGUCAUUCAGUGGUUUUCAUUUGACUUUAGGAAGCAAAAUCAGUUAAUUUUAUGGAGUGAUGUAAAGCUUAGGCUGUAGCUGUACAUCUUUAACCCUUGGUUUAAGUCUUCAUUAAAAUUAUUAGGUCCAGAGAAUCGUUUUUUGAACGUGGUAUUUAUUUAAACUUUAAUCUCCAGUUUUUAUUUGGUUGUAGAAAAUGCAGACAUCAGGGAAUUCCUCAGCUGUCAUGAAGUCUGGAUUUUUUUUUUUUUAAAUCGGAUAUGUUUGGAUUCCUGAGUUACAUAGUUUAAAGUAGGUUUCUAGUUUUGAAACUAUUAAUCGCUUUUGUUGGGCUGGUUUUGUUUGGUAAGGGAAACUUAUUUACCCCUGAUAAAUAACUAGGUGUGUUCUGUGACUGGCAAGCGCAAGCAUUUGGAUUUCAAUAAUGAGUUUGCUUGUAACUGAUAACGAGUUGGACUACCUGUGGGGAGGAGAGCUGACCACGCCCAGUGCGAAGACAGGUGUUAUUUUGUAGAACAACUUCAGAUUAAAGUGACCACCAUCUUAAAAUACACGCUGCAAAAAUGCUUAUCUAAACUGCCUGCAAGUGGAAGUGUGUGUUUAAUCGCUUGUAAUCUUCCCAACUUUUUUCUGGGAUAUCUUAUGCAUUGCUGCUCCAUUCGAUGAAAUGGAGUGACUGGAUAAAACGUUCUGGAAAUGAAGCGGGGUGGAAUGAUGUACUUUUAAACGACAGUGUGCAUGGUAACUGCAAGACCCGGUUCUUCUAUUCCUGGGCAGUGGUGGCGAGAUGGCUGGGGUCUUUGCCUAUCAGAGCUCUGAGGUGGACUGGUGUGAGGAUAAUUACCAGCACUACGACACUGUGGCAGAGUUCUACAACACGGUCAGCAAUGUGAGCUUCUUCAUCUUCUCUCCGAUCAUGAUGUACCUGCUGCACCCCUACGCCCGGGAGAGGACCAGGGCAGUGCACCUCGUCUGGCUCAUGAUGAUGGCCGUAGGUGUGUUCUCCGCAUACUAUCACAUGACUCUCAGCUACAUGGGUCAGCUGCUGGACGAGCUCUCCAUCCUUUGGGUCCUAGCCAUUGGCUACACGCUGUGGUUUCCACGGCGACUCUUCCCAGCGUUCAUUAGGAGCAGGAGUCAGUUUGCAUGCCUGGUGUUCUUGGCAGCCACCGUCAGCACCCUGUCCUCCUUUGCCAAGCCCACCAUCAACGCUUACGCACUCCACUGCGUUUCUCUGCACAUUCUCUACAUCCUGCAGCUUGAGCUCAGGAGCUGCAGUGACCCGCGGAUCCACAGGCUCGCCCUGGUCACUGUGGCCUGGUGGGCUUUAGCCAUCUCCUGCUGGGUGAGCGACCGGCUGCUGUGUAGCUUCUGGAAGAGAAUCCACUUCUGCUACCUGCACAGCUUCUGGCACAUCCUCAUCUCGGUGGCCUCUGCUCACGGCAGUGCCCUCUUUGCUUACUUCGAUGCCCAGUCAGAGAUCCCAGAAGCCAAGCCUGAGCUGUGUUACUGGCCAGAGAACCGCUGGAACCUGGGAAUGCCGUACCUGUCUGUGAGGGAGGGGUCCACACAGCGGAAACAGUGCUGAUCUUCCCUGCUGGAUGGGGGCCACACACACACACGUCCUGUCUGAAACAAGAGACGGGCAAAACCAACCUCACCUAAAGGGAGCGGCACACAACUUUACUUCUGUUAGUUUUUUGCGACUUGACUUAUAGCUGUCAUAAAAAAGCUUUUAUUGUAGGGGGGGGUUGCACCUGUGGAUUUGGAAAUAGUCAAUACUUCGCCACAAUCAAUUUGUAAAUAUUUUAACACACUGAUUUUUAUUAGAAAAAUAAAAGCUGAUUUGUACAGAUAAAAAUCUGAGAGAUUGAAAUACCUGCCACUAUCAGGCUCUCACUUUGUACUGGCACAGCAAUGUGUCUGCAUUUGUGUGUGUGCUACAUUUCACUGCCACUAAUUAUUAUUAUGAUUAUUAUUAGAUAUCGUUUCAUCAUUUGUAUUAUUUAAGAACAAUGUUCUAUGUUUAUUGGUGGGAAAAUAUCACAAUAACGGUGAUCCUCAGGACACUUUUACCACUGCUAAACCCUGGAAACCUGUGUUAUGUAGUCCUAUUGUUUUAAAAAUCAAAAUGUUGUAUUUUCUCAAAGGGUAGGAACAACAGUUUUAGCUUUAGCUACAGAAACAUUGAGUAUUACAGUGGUCCUGGUUCAGCUGCAUGCUGUCGGGUACCCCACAGUAUUGUAAUGGAGUGCUGGUGUGAAACCCUAAUAUGAAAACAUUACCACUGCACAGUUACAAUAUUCACAAAGCCUUGCAUGCAGCGAGGUUCUGCUGUAAAUAAACAUUCACGGCACAGACCAGAAAUAAGGAAUCCGACUCAAUAACGCUUAAAUGAGGUCUCUGUAUUAUUGCUCUGAAAACACUAGGGAGGGUGAUACUCAGAAAAUGACAUGAAUUGGGCAUUAAUUCAACAUCAAACCCAGGAAGGAUCUUGUAUUUGCAGAUAAACCAAGCAACCCACAUGCUUGCCUCUGCCUCGGUGGUUUGUUGAGUUCCUACAGCAGGGAGCAGAGCGAUAAUACGGCUGAUAGCUCAGUUCCCAGGACCUUGUUCACGGUCCACUUUGUUUGCAUAUACAUUUUUAACUUUGCCUUUAAACACAUGCUUCUAUCACCA